CACUGUGCGAGGCGAGGCGCGGAGCAGAAUGCAGAGCCUGCCCGGUAAGCCGACUCUGUGAAGGCGGUUCGAGUCUGACUUCGAGCGUUAACUGUGGAAACAGGAUGAACGCUGAACGGGAAACACAGAGCUGUCGCUUCUACACGUUGAUCACUCUCACAUCUGGUUACGUAAUUUUCUUUCAGAUUAGGAUGAACUAUCGAUAGAGAGACACCGUGUUCCUAAAACGAGCGUCGUGCCCGACAUGAAGAUCGGUAAACUUCAGUAAGCUGGGAACAAAUUGGAGUGUAGGAGUGUCGAACUGUAGUUAUUGGAAACAGAGGCUCCUGCUUGGAGCGAACGAACCGUUGUAUCUCAUCUGUACGGUUGAUUGAAGAGUUACUACGCGGAAAGUGGUAUUUAUAGAGAAGGCGUUCAUGUUCAGCUGUCCAUGCAGCGUAUGACUAAUCAGACCUUUGGUGACACCGGAUAAACUCUGUUUUUCCUCGUAUCACAUUACACUGCUCGUAGCUACUGACUGUAGUAAGUCGUUAAAUUUGCGGAACAAAUAGAACAAUGUAGUAUUAGUUGCUGUUAGUGAUAUUGUUAUUGCUGUUGAUAUAUUUGCCGUUACAGCGUGAAUUUCUGAUAAGUGAUUACAAGAAACUCUGAGUAAAUGUUUUGUUUCACUGAAUACAUGCUGGGUUUGACUCCUGGGACCUUAAACUGUGACUAGAAAAACUGUGCGUACAGGCCUGUGUGGGGAGUGUGUGCCAACGUUCACAGCAUUAAGCAGUUCACAACGAGACCCCCCAGAGCAACGUUAAUACGUUAAUGUUCUAGAAAUCACAACGAUCUGGGUCUGUGUGGGCGAGAGAAAUUUCCAGCACAGCAAGCUGUAUAGCAGUCCUUAGUCCGGUCCCGUGGAGGGCAGCCAGGUUCCAGAAGCAAGAUUGUCGUGGAGAGCCUGCACUCGGGGAACGAUACCUCGUUGGAGCUGCCAGGUGUUGCUUAAAAAGGCCUUGUGGCUUCUAGAUGGCGGGACCAGGUUGUUCAACGGAGUGCAAGAGUUGAAGAUAUUUUGAGGAAAACGUCCUUUACUUAGCGAGACAUCUUCAUCCUUCCAUUAUGUCGUACAGUAGCAUCAGCUGGCUCAUCUGCAUUUUUGUGGUGGUAGCUGCAGCAACUGAUUACAGCGACGUAGAUUCGAUUAGAGAACCGUUCGUGGUGGAGUCAGUGCAGGAGGUGAGGGAGUGGGCGGCGGUGCCGGGCGCUGCGGACGGCGCCGUGGUGUCGCGGCUGUCGGCGAGCGCGCGCCUGCUGGUGGGCGGCGCCGGGGCCUCCGCACUCCGCCCCGGCGCGCCGGACCUCGGCAGCCCGCGGGCCACCCUUCUGGACGUGGACGGCCGGGAGCUGCGCCGACUGCUGGCCGCCCACCGCACUCUGCAGGCACCCCGCGUGCCCAGCGCGGCUCCCCAGUACGACUCGUCGGCAGAUUGCGCCCUGCAGGCUGCCCUGCCACUCUCUGUUGAGGCUGCGGCCGCCGUGGCCGUCCUCGCUGUCAGGUACUCCUGUACUGACCUCAGGGACGCUGCCCUCGCCUUCGUCAGGGCUCAUAUCUUUGACGUGAUGGCCUCACAGGGCUGGGCCGACGUAAUGCGCACUCACACAGAAGACCUCAUCAGAGUGAGUCAGCUGCUGUCUGAGCCACCCGCAGUAAAAAGCACGCCAGCCUCCACAGAGGUAAGCACCGCUCAUUGGCCCAACGACGAAGACCAGACGCCCCUCCCAGAUGACGAUGGCGCCGCCCCAGCCGACGUCAGCGAUGUCUCUCCAUUCCGGAGCCUUUCAGGACAUGAGAAAUGCAUGAAGUUGAUCGAAGCAGCCAAGCAAGGGCGAGUGGAAGAGCUAAGGGCUCUGCUGGAGGCAGGGGCAGACAUAGACGGAAAGGACAUCUACGGGAGGACUGCACUGCACACUGCGGCAUGGAACAGGCACGUCGAAGCGGUGAGAACUCUUCUCUAUGCUGGAGCAGACGUGAGCGCCAGGGACAACGAGGAGUACGCGCCUCUGCACAUGGCUGCUUUAGGCGGCAGCGCGGCUGUGGUGCGGCUGCUGGCGGAGUUCUCUGCCGAUCCCAACGCCAGGGAUGUGUGGGGGUGGACGCCACUGCACUUGGCGGCACGCGAAGGCCAGCCAGAGGCGGCGCAAGCGCUGCUCGACACAGGAGCCGACAGCGGGGCCAGGGAACACACCGGGCUGACCCCACUGGACAUCGCCAGGUCCAGGAACCAACAGGAGGUCGCAGAAGUACUAACACGAGAUUAGCAGUCUAACAAAAGUUUGUGGAACCAAAAGGCAUCCGACACAGGAGUUUUUGCUACUUUUAAAAUAAAGAAUACAAAAAAGUUAA